GUGUGCGUUUUCUCCGGUCUCAGCGCAGAAUUAAAUACUGCGAGCGGAACAGGCAGCGCGAGGCGGCGGUAGCGGCGGCGCGGACGCCGUGACGCCCCUCCGCGAGGACGGACAUCCUGUCGGCCAGUUGCUGCAGUGGCGCUCGCUGGUGUAGAAGGGCAGAGUUACGGAAGGAAAGGGACGCGGCGCCGGCGGGGAAAUAAGUGUGUGAAGGGGACAGAGGGGACAGGGAGGGACGCGGAGGCAGCAGGGGAGCGGAGUGCGGGUUGUGCUCCGUGCCGCUGCCGCUGCCGCUGCCGCCGCGGCCGGCCAUGUCCGUCACGCAUGUGUGCCGCAGCCUGGCGCUCUCGACAUGGCUGCUGUCCUUCUGCUUCGUGCAUCUGCUGAGCCUGGACCUGACGGCGGCCGAGAAGGAGGAGUGGUACACGGCCUUCGUGAACGUCACGUACGCGGACCCCGCCACGUCCGAGCCGCGCACGGAGAAGUCGGAGUGCGGCCGCUACGGGGAGCACUCGCUGAAGCGCGACGCGCGCGGGCUCCUCGCGAUGCCCGCGGCCCCGCAGGACCGACAGGGCUGCGACCCGCACGCUAGAUUCGCCGUGCCCGCGCACGCCUCCGCGUGGAUCGCGCUCAUCGCCCGGGGGAACUGCACGUACAAGGAGAAGAUUCGCAACGCGGCCGCGCACAACGCGUCUGCUGUGGUCAUAUUUAACGUGGGCUCAUCCAGUGCCAACGAGACCAUCACCAUGCCGCACCCAGGCACGGGGGACAUCGUGGCCAUCAUGAUCCCCGAGCACAAGGGCAGGAAGUUGGUGUCCCUGUUGGAGAGGAACGUGACGGUGACGAUGCACAUCACCAUCGGCACACGCAACUUGCAGAAGUACGUGAGCCGCACCUCCGUGGUUUUCGUCUCCAUCUCCUUCAUCGUGCUGAUGAUCAUCUCCCUCGCGUGGCUGGUCUUCUACUACAUCCAGCGAUUCCGCUACGCCAAUGCGCGCGACAGGAACCAGAGGCGCCUGGGAGACGCGGCGAAGAAAGCCAUCGGCAAGCUGCAGCUGCGCACGGUCAGAAAAGGAGACAAGGAAACGGAGUCCGAUUACGACAACUGCGCGGUCUGCAUUGAGGGCUACAAAGCAAAUGAUGUCGUUAGGAUUUUACCUUGCAGACACCUCUUCCACAAGAAUUGCGUGGACCCCUGGCUCUUGGAGCACCGGACGUGUCCCAUGUGCAAGAUAAACAUCCUGAAAGCGCUGGGGAUACCUCCCAACGCAGACUGCAUGGAUGACGUCCCCCCGGACUACGAGGUUUCUGUUGGGGGUCCGCCCACCAGUCCAGUAACGGGAGCCAGCGACAUCACCUUGAACGAGAGCUCGGCGGUGCUGGAUCCCGGCGUGCGCAUGAUGGGCCUCCCUCAAGUGUACCGCGAUGCCGAAUCGCUGACUCAGGCUGGAGAAGGACACCUGCUGGCCAGCGGUGAAUCGCCACCAGUCAGCAGUAGCGACUCUGAUACCUCGCUCUUCCUCACCGUGGGGGCGGGGCUUUUGGACCAGGAGCCACUUGCUGAGCAGGACCUGGAGGAGGUGAAGUCCUGAGCAGCCCGGGGCCUGUCCACAAAAAGGGGGCGAAACCAGUAGUGGUAGCUCCCCAAGGGACGAGGCAUCGGCACCAGGGUCUGAGGACGCUCGCCCUGGCGCCCCCUGCAGGUGACUGGCAAUACAAGCGCGGCACCACGUGACGUCCGUCUUCAUCAGCGACGGGAAACAAAACCCCUCUCUGUGGGAACGGCUCACAUUCGUUUCACAGAUGUCCCUCAAAGAAGGUCUUGGGUUCCAGACUCAGCUCAUCUUUCCAGAGGAUUUAGAGUAGCACGUGACUGUGUUGGUUCCUGUCUUCAAGGUGUCGCCGCCUAAGCUCCGUUGGAGUAUCGAAGAGUCUCUCAUUGUCCAUCUUCAGUGUCCACAGCAGCGCUGCGUCCUGGAGUCGCUCUCCGAACCCUUCCCCGACACUUUGUAUACUCUUGACACUCCAGAUUUUCACCGCUUUCCUUUUUUCUUGGUGUUCUGUCACACAAAACAGUAUUUUCUGCCUUUUGUCCUCUAAAAAGAAAAGUCAUCGUUUCUGGUCCGCCUCCACCUUUUCCGGUCCAGCGUGACACUAAGUUUUGCAGGAACUUGCUCUGUUUUAAUUUUGCUUUUGCUCACUGAACAUGCAGUGGGCAUGUAUUUUGAGGUUUGUUCCACCUGUUCCUGAGGACUGUUUGUGAGGAACUUGGAAGAAGCUGGCACAAAUGCACACCAAAUCCUAACCAAUUGACCAAGCACAUCAUAACGGAGAUUUAUUUUCCAUGUUUUUUUUUUUUUUUUUUUUUUUUUUUAAAAUAAUUAUUGGAAAAGAAAUAAAUGAUUUCUUUGAGUCCUGUGAAGCCCUAGAAUGUUUGGUCGUACAAGUCGGUUCACGUCUCGCCAUCACUCAACUGCUUACUGUCCUGCAGGAGAGGGGAUUUAGGACCUCAGGUAUCUUGAGUGGGACUGCAGUAUGACAAGGACUCUCCUUUAAAUAAGGGACUAAUGCUUUGCUCCAGCUGCCUGACUUGAUUUUUUUUUUUUUUUGGCGUUUUGUUUUACAGUUUUGAACAGUAGUUGUAAUUGUGGUAUAUUGCAUCAUUUCACAUAUAGAGAGAGAUUCAGUGGUCCCUCCAGCUUUUGGUUCUAUUAUAACCAGCUUCUUAUAGCAAGCAGCGAAGUCUCCGAUUGAACGGAGGCAGAUGAUGGUCACAGGUAGACAGUGUCUAUAGAGUUAUUUAAUAUUGUUCUUUAUCUUAGGGACUCGCCAGACUGGAAUGUGACUGUCGCCAUGGAGACAGGAAUAUGUGUAUUUCAUUGCUUGAUGCAGUUUGACCUCAGCAAGUCAGUCUUAUCCAAGGUGAACCACAACCCAAACUGCAUCCCAUAAUUUAUACAUUUUAGUGACAUCUCAGCUUGUACCAUAUUAAAGUGAGCAUCAAAUGUUAUGAAGCUUAUGCAUAAAUGCAUUUCAGGCAUUGCACGUGUCGAAAGUGAACAUUGUAUUAAAAAUGGUCUGCUCUAUAUUGUAUAUUCAUACAUUCAUACAUAGGAAAGCCUGUUAGAUUGCAUUUAUUUUACUAUUGAAAUGUUUUAUUUUUCUAAACAAGAUGAAUAUUUAUAUGUAGUCAGAGAGCUUUUUGGUAAAGUGAGUACCCAUUGCUGUAGUCAGGGGUCAUUUGCUAGCGAUGGUACUUUUUAUUGGUUUAUUCCCUCUCUUUCAUUUACCUGCGUGUGCAGUACCAAAGAUGAUGCCAUGAGAUAAUGAUGCGCAUUGACGUGACG